AUGGGUUUACCACAGCAUCCCCUGGCAGUGGGCUUGCUCACCUCUUUUGUCUCGUCGACUAUCGCGCCUUCCGCCGCAACCCCGUAUUCGACCUCCUAUUCAACGCACACUUACUCGGCUUUCUCGAACUCAACCUCGCAAGUCCCUUCUGGUCGUGAUGGUGACGAUGAAGGAAACAUGGAGAGGUGGUCAUCGCUUAUCGGUAUUGUGACUGCUCUGAUUGGUAAUGUGUUGAUAUCCGUCGCGCUCAAUAUCCAGCGCUAUGCGCAUAUUCGGAUCACACGAGAAUGGGAGCAGAACAAGAUCAAGAAGGAAGCCGAGCGGAGGCGGGCGCAUUCCGGGACAUCGUCUACGAAUCCAUACGGGACCGUUGGAGGUGAUGGUCGAAGCAGAUCAAGGGAACAGGAUCGACACAAUGGCCGUGGGCAAUUUGAAGCUUAUCGCGAUGAAGAAGAUUCGCCUCCCAGGGGAAGACAUGGCACUCGAGGCUCGCGGGACAGCGCACGCGAUUCGUUCGCAUCUGAUAGUACCGCUCGUCCAGAAGACUCCGACGACCGGAAAUCUUACUUGCGAUCCCCAUAUUGGUGGGCUGGUAUCAUUCUGAUGGUUCUGGGUGAGACGGGAAACUUCCUCGCCUAUGGCUUCGCACCAGCUUCGAUCGUCUCUCCACUGGGCGUUGUUGCCUUGAUAUCCAACUGCGUUAUCGCACCCUGUUUACUCAAGGAAAAGUUCCGACAGCGGGACUUCUGGGGCGUGCUGGUAGCUAUUGCUGGAGCCGUCGUGGUUGUGCUCAGUGCCAGAUCUUCAGAGGAGAAAAUCGGCCCUGGUGAAAUCUGGAUGAUGAUCACUCGUUGGGAGUUUGAGCUCUAUCUGGGGCUGACCAUUGGCCUGAUCAUUGGUCUCAUGUGGGCCAGCUUCUCAUACGGCUCACGCUCGAUCUUGAUCGAUGUCGGGCUGGUGGCAUUAUUUGGUGGAUACACGGCUUUGUCUACCAAGGGCGUUUCCUCAUUGUUGUCAGGAACAUUAUGGCAUGUCAUUACAUUCCCCAUUACCUACCUGCUUGUUUUCGUUCUUGUCUCCAGCGCCUUGAUGCAAAUCCGGUACAUCAAUCGAGCCCUGCAGCGCUUUGACUCGACUCAGGUGAUUCCGACCCAAUUCGUUCUAUUUACGCUCUCGGUGAUUGUUGGGAGCGCUGUGCUCUACCGUGAUUUCGAGUCGAUGUCGGCUGGUCGAGCAGGAAAGUUUGUGGGAGGAUGCGCCUUGACAUUCCUAGGUGUCUACUUCAUUACGAGCGGCCGAGUUCGUUCUGAUGAUGAGUCUACCUUUUCCACGGACGAUGAAGAAGAGGCUAUCGGGUUGCUGCAUGGAGAACGAUAUCGCGAUAGAAUUGACUUGUCUCCACCAGCCCAACAAUUUCGAGCACCAAAAACUUUUGCCGUUGAUCACGAGGAAGAAGACGCUGUGCUGUCUCCAACGGGAUCACUUACAAGCCGCGGUAUUGAUGGUAUCGACGAUGACCAGCUUACGCCCCGGGGAGCUCAUUCCGGGGCUCCGUCUUCUCCGGCUGGCUCGUUGACCGCCGAGUCUCCUCUCUCGGGGCCAUCUUUCGAUCACGCAUCGCCACUGCGACCGCCUUCCCGUAUGUCCAACCCUUGGGCGGACUCCAUUGAUGCGCCUCUUGAAACCCCUAAGUCCGACCUCGAGACAUACUGUCAUACCACUCCACCUGCACCGGAAGUUGACGGUAGUCAGGAGUCAACUGUGCUUUUGCGCUUCCCCCCUGCGCCUGGCAUUGAAGAGGACUCUCAGAACAAGUCACCCGUCGCUCGGCGGGCAUCAACUCCUACUGGGCUAGACCACGCUCACAACACUGGGAGCAGCCAUACUACUCUUGAAACACCAUCACGACGGGCCAUGCGCAACUCCAUCUCCAAUCGCUUUUCUCCUGGGCCGCUCCUUCCUACUCUCUCUGGCGGUUUCAGCGCCGUCGUUGCGGAAUCUCUACGUCGUGGUGAGGCUAGCCCGUUGAAAGACCGGGCGAGGCGAAAGUUAGGACGCCGUCGUCAACUCGAGGGUGCCUUUGAGCAUGACCAAGCUCGCCACCAAGAUGGUGACCUUGGAGUUGAUGGCAUCGAUCAUCCUCUGAACAUUGCCACGGCACGACUACAAUCUGCCACCGGUCUGGGGGUACCGCCUGGAGAGGCUGGACAGUCAACUCCUGCUCUGGCUACAGAGAUCUAUACCCCUCCAACACAGAAAAACGAUGAGGACGUUGGUCGCCUUCGCAGCUUCAGCGAUUCUUGGAGUGGUGGGCUUGCAUGGCUUGGCGGUGCAUUAAGAUUGAGUCACCAAGAUCAGCCUGUGGAUAGUGGUGCAGUAACGCAAGGAACCGCGAGUCCGCAGGACAGCCAGGGUCCGACUGAUGCGGAUACUCACAGCCAUAAUGACGCUGGAAACACCGAGGCUGACUCUCGGUCAUAA